UAAGAUGUUAAAUAAAAAGAUACUAAUUAUUUUAGUCACUGCCAUCUGUAACUGAUUUAUACUUCCAUCACUGUGUUUGUUCUCCAACGAUAUAUUUAUAUUAUAAAGAAGAUUUUUUGUGGUCACACUGGCACCGGCUUAUGUUUUGACAUUCAAUCGACGAUUUAAAUCCUCGUUCAGCCUCCCAAGAACCAUUAUGGAUAUCGAGACUGUUACAACUGUAAACCCUGAUUUGGAGCACCCAGAUGAUGCCCAAUACAUAUGGUUACCAAUUUUGGUGCUGCUAGGAGUUGUUCUGCUCGCUGGCUUGGUAUAUGUAAUGUCACGUAGCCGCCGUCCAUUCAAUUUUAUAUGCUUCAAGCGUCGUAAUGCCACGCGUAAUGGCUACACAAACGUUGACGAUGACGAUUCAGAUGUAUCAAUGGCUGGUGCAGACGAACCAAAUGCCAUUACCAGUCUGCUCGAUGCACGCUUGCAUAUAUCAACUGUGCAGCGUGCAGCAAACUAUCCACAGUCAAAUCAAGUGCAUCUGGAUGCCAAUGAUAUUGCAUUGCGUGUCUAAUUAAAUACAACAUUUCAAAAUGUAGAAGGAAGACUAAACACUAGCUUAUAUUGUAUUGUA